AUGCACAACUGCCUUCGCGUCGCAGAGAUACUCUACGAGGUCUGUUGGCACGUCAGAUCGCAAUCAUAUUACUACGGCAUGACCCGAGACCUUGCUCGGCUGGCGCGCGUCUCCAACCUUUUCCAUGAUCCUGCGUUGGAUGCCUUGUAUUAUAAGGUUAUGGGAAUCUACAAGGUUUUCAUGACGCUUCCAAGAGAUUCUUGGGUGAUUAAUGAAGGCGGUGCUUUCUCGUUUACACGGCCGCUUCAAGCGAGUGACUGGGAGUGCGUUUUCAGGUGCUCGCGUCGUGUACGAAGACUAUUCGAACCUAAAGGAGGGUCGCCGAAGCUAUCAGAGGAAGCGUACGACAUUAUUUGCCUUUCCCCAGACCCUCUCUUCCUGGGCCUUCAAAGUCUAAAAUGGGGUUGCGAGGCAUUUCACAGCAACUUCGUCCUCUUUUGCUGCGGCCCUAGAGUGAAAAAUCUGGACCUUUCUUACGUGCCAACCGAGUUCUUCCCUUCCCUUUCCACAAUCAGCGCUACUUGCCAAAAUCUACGCGAGCUCGAAGUGGAUCCCGCAAACUUCGAAGACUCGGACAUCCAUCAGCGUGCCUUAGAGGAGGCAUUACCCACAAUGCACUUUCUGAGAAAGCUAUCGCUCUAUGUUAUGUCCAGCCUGACUUUGUUACGAGUAAUCGACAAGCUUCCAUCACUCAGAGAGCUCAAGAUACGAGCGCUUACGGAUCCCGAGAUAUGGUCGUCUUCAUCUUCCCAGGAUACCAACUUCUCAUUUUCGUCCAUUGAUAGCUUGAGUAUCUGGCAUUCUCCUUUCCCAGCAAUUGCGAGGACUCUGGACGUCAUCGGGAGGUUACCUCGGGUAGAGACGUUCGAGGGCAUCUCUAUCUCCGAAGAGGGCGUAGAGCACGUAAUCCGAUCUAUCGCGUCGCAACUAGACCCCGCUCGCCUAGCGGCUGUGUCUUUAGGCUCGAUCAGCGGGUUCGUUCCAUCUGCCACACCGUUGGAUGUGACGUGUCUCGGUCUGUUGAAACCAUUUGUCAACAUCGAAACGAUAUCUAUCGUGACAUGCAUACGGUUCUCUUUGGACGAUGACGAUAUCUCAAGCCUCUCAUCGUCCUGGCCGAAGCUUCGUCAUCUCACACUGGAGGGAGGAGACCAGGCCAACUGGUAUCACGACAAGAAACCGACACUCAAGGGGAUCAAAACGCUCUCGCAUAACUGCCCCCAGCUGAGCGACGUUAACAUCUCCAUCGACAUUCGCACUCGUUGCGAAAUCUCGCAGUUGGCUGAUGAUCGUCGUCACCAGAAUCUCUCGACAUUAUCUAUAGGCUGUGCGCCAAUCGAACAUUCCGACAUCCAGCUUAUCGCAUCUUUCCUGGUUUCCCUAACAGCUAAACCUCUAGUACACAGAGUGGUCAUCCAGUCCCAGGAUCGGUCACGAUUGACAACAAUGCACGACUGUUUCCAGAUACCAGAGUUACUCGAUAAGAUCUGUGGUGAAGUAAUGAACUACGACGAUAUCGAUAGAUCCAGCAGAUCUCUUGUUAAAUUGGCCCAAACCUGCAAGCUCUUCACAGAGCCAUCAUUGAAUGCUGUUUACUUUGAGAUCCGAGGGUUAGAUCGCCUCUUCAUGCUCUUUCCUCGUGAUACUUGGAGAUUGAGCGAUCACGGAACUUUCCAUUUUUCUAGAAAGCUGAAGCUAUCUGACUGGGAGAUCUUCGAUGCGAACUCUCAUCGCAUCAAAAGAAUGUUCCAGCCCGAGGAUUCCGUCAAGUUACGGAAGAAUGUAUAUGAAGCGAUCGCUCUUUCACCCCACCUCCCACUACUGCCAAAUCUUCGAGCCAUCUACUGGGCUGAAUCAAAAGCUGAUCUUCCGGGUUACUUCAUCCGAUGCCUGUGCAGCCCCAACAUCGCCGUUUUAGGGAUGCGCGGGAUCCCAUCCAACUUCAUUCCACUUGUAUCAGCCAUCGGCGUAAGCUGUUCCGGCCUGCAAAAACUCCAUGUCCAUAUCCAUAACAAUAGCGAUGUUGGAGACUUCCGGCAGGUUCUCAUGGAGUCCCUACCCCAUAUGUCGAACCUGCGACUCUUAGACCUGGAUAUUGCUCCUGAUUGCUCCCUUCUGAGUGUUAUAUCGAAGCUGGCACUCCAGGACUUAACAACUCGAUCGUUUGAGGUAUCACAUACGGUUAAGCAGUGCGUCAAUGGGAACAAUCAAUGGGUCAGCCUGCGAAGCAUCUGCUUGGUUCGCGCUUCUUCCAGCAGUAUCCCCACAUUACUUGGUCACAUUGGAUAUCUGCCCAACGUUUCGGUCUUGAAGUAUUUAGACGUCGGCAACCCGCAGAUUCACAUCAAAGGAAUAUUAGAAGCUAAAAAUCGCCAUUUUGACCACGCUGCACUCUCCGUUUUCACCUUACAGGAAUCAAAAUUCGACAUUGGGUGGCCAAUUGAUGAUAACCCAAACGAAGAUGUCAAUGCUGCCAAUGCUACUGAAGGUGUUGACUUCUCCUCAUUCAUUCCUAUGACGAGCUGGGUCCAUCUACAAAAGCUGAUCAUGCGGUCAUCAUCCCUGCCUUACCUAAACGACGAUACCCUCGCGACAUUAGCCAACUCCUUCCCGAGCCUUCGAGUGUUCCAUGCUCACGCCAUGUCGACUGGGCUCUCUGGCUCGAGGAACUUUAGCUCGGUUACCUUCAAAGGGCUUGAUAUUCUUCUGCAAAGAUGCCUCCUGCUCGAGGAUAUCAAUCUGACCAUAAACGCCACCGUCCCCUACAAAACUACUGGGUCCAAAGUGUCACGCAACACUCGCAUCACUACUCUCAACAUAGGCGACUCACAGAUAGAUAAUCCCGUAUACGUAGCAUCAAUCCUCCGCUACUUACUUCCUCACCUUCGUAACGUCCGGACGUCCUGUUAUGCAGAGAGGCGCAGAGAGCUAUGGAAGCAAGUGAACCUUAUUGUGUUUGCCAGUUAUGCGCACAGGUUGUAUGAGAAGGAACUGGCCAGGGCCGAGGAAGAAGAAUCUUUCGCAGAAAUUUGGUUGCCAUCAACGAAUUUCUUGGAGACUUCUGCAGAAAUGAAUAUGAAUUUCAAUGACGAGUACAAAAAUGACGGGAUCGCAUUCUGGUAG